UUCUGGCUCGGCAGGACGUGUUUGUAGACAUGAGAGCCAGCCGUGAGUGCUGGAGGCAACCGGCGUAUAUUUUCUACUCCAGCUAGCGAUCAACAAACCCUCAAGCUAUUCUUCUCUACGUCAACGACAGACAACGGCAGUCACUCUGGAGUCGUCGUCGGAGACACCCACGAUGACCGCCGAAGAGCGGAAGAAGACCAAACGGGACGUGACCUCAAGCGGUUACCAUAGCUCAAUCAUGGACGAUAACGACAUGGACAAAAAAGGGCCGUACAUCCCCAGUUACAUGGACCAGAACACUCCGGAGCCAUGUGUUGUUUGUGGGGACAAGGCCACGGGCUAUCACUACAGAUGCAUGACAUGUGAAGGCUGCAAGGGGUUCUUCAGGAGAACUGUUCAAAAAGACCUGAAGUACAGCUGUAAAUAUGCCGGGGACUGUGUGGUGGACAAAACCACACGCAACCAAUGCCAGGAGUGCCGCUUCAAGAAGUGUGUCAGGGUUGGCAUGGCAACUGACCUGGUUCUGGAUGAACAGAAGCGAGUUGCCAAGAGAAAACUUAUCGAGGAGAACCGGGAAAGGCGUCGGUCAGAAGAGAUCCGCAAGAUCUCGCGCCUGCGGGCGGACUGUGUCUUCACCGAGAGAGAUCAGUACAUCGUGGACCACGUCACGACGUCCUGGCUACAGACAUGUCCCAAGAAAGUCAACAGAUAUUAUCUUAAUGGUGCUAACAAACCCGGUGCGUCGGAGACGCCCAGACCGCCGGUGCUGCAGAACGGAGUCGUACGCGAGGCGGACAGCUCGGGAGCGAUGGAGGACGACAUGGUCGACCAGGACAUCUUCUCCCACCUGGCAGAGGUCAUCACGCCAGCCAUCAUCAAGGUCGUGGAGUUUGCCAAGCAGAUUCCCGGCUUUACAAAGUUGGUGCCUGAUGACCAGGUGGCGCUGCUGAAAAACUGCUGCUUCGAGGUGAUGUGUCUGCGAGCGGCCAGCAGGUUCGACAAGCAGAGGAGGACCAUCACCAUGUUUGGGGGGCUGACAGUCACCAAAGAACAGGUUUCUCUUGGUGGCCUGGGCAGACUGGCGGAGCCUCUGUUUGAGUUUGCGGAAGGCCUGAGCCAGCUACACCUCGAUGACACAGAAGUCGCUCUUCUUGCAGCUCUCCUGGUCGUGGCAGACCGCCCCGGCGUUCAGGACCAGGAGUCCAUCGACCGUCUACAGGACAUCAUCCUGACGGCGUAAAACUACAUCACCCGCCAGCGGCCGCACCAGCCCGUCCUCUGGGGGAAAAUCCUCAUGAAGGUCACGGACUUGCGGGCGCUGAGCGUGGCUCACGCCGAGCAGGUCAAGCUUGUGAAGAUGGAAUGCACAAGCGACAUCCCGCCCCUCUUCUUGGAAAUGUUUGAAAGUUCUUCCCCGUUGUUUAUGAAGCAGGAAUGAGGCAAGUCUUGUGUAAACCAGCUCGUGUUAGAAGAAAAUCGUCACUACGUACAAAAAGCUUCAGGCCCACUGCCUGUUGUCUAGGCAGAGAUAAAAUACCACCCCUCAAAUCAACAAAGGUUGGUACAUUCCAGCCUUAGAUCCUCCAGGAUUCAAUCCUGGAAUGUACCAUCUUUUCUAGGCCACAGGUGGUGACAGGUGGUAACUUGUGCAAGUCUACAGAAAAUCGUCUUACCUUUGAGGCAAAUUUUACUUUGUGGAUCUUUAUGGUAUUUGCAAAUGUUGUUUUAUCUAAAAGUAAUGGAAAGAUUACUGGUAGAUGAUUUAAAAGCUGACACUAUCUUUUGAAAUCAGACCCUACAAUGUACAUCUACAUGUCAGCCACAAAGCCUACAUGUGGUAGCGCACACUUUAUACAUGGAAACAUUAAUGUGUAAUUUUACUCAAGGAGAUUGAGCCUUGAUGAAAUCCAGCCUUCAACAGAGGGGCUGGACUAAGCAAUGUCAAUCAUAUAGGAAGGUGGGCAGGGCCUCCACUGUUCACCAAGCAGUUGAGGCUGGAAGUCAUUGAGACGUACCGGUUACGAGUAUCCGCUGAACGCGCACAAUAUUGCCUAUGGGAGAACGGCUAUCCAGCUGAUGACAAAGAACUACGCCAUUUUUGCAAGCUGCCUAGGGGGUGACUAGAGGGCCAGUGCAAUUCAUAUUAUAUAUUAUUUUUCCUAAAAUGUUUUCUUCUGAAAUAAGCAUGCUCCUUUCCUGUCUAGACUUUUCCCUGAAACCAAUCUUUGAACAGUUUUCUGACUUAUCACUGCCAGAAGAAUGAGAACAAUUCUAUAAGCUCCUUCAUACUUUGAUGUGCAUACAUGCAGUGCAAUGCAUUGUGGGUAACUUUGCCAGAUUACCCAUAAUGCACCACACCAUGAACUGUACAAUAGCAACUCUGUUUACAACAUACUAGUAUAUGGACUGUGUUCUUUGUCAUCCGGAGUACUGUAUCUCUACAGUGGGCCACAAAACUACUUAUCUACCUGUAUUUCUACCCUCUCGAACGUGAGAUCCCAAAAGUUUGGAUGUUCUUGAGGGUAUACACAAUUGUCCUUCCUAUGUGUACAGUAUGUAUGUAAAAUAGACGCUACUAUAAAGCUAUAUGCAGCAGAAGUAGUUCCAGAGGAGGGGCUGUAUGUAGAGUGGGAACAUUUUGAAGGUGGGACCCAAAUUUUUGGCAGCACCUGCUGGGUGGAGCCAUUUUACACAGCAUUGAUGUAGGGCUACGAACAGCAGCUAUUCAAAAAGUUGAAGAAAGCCCUAUUAAAUGGUUUGUCAAUGUCAAAUUGUUGGCAUUGAAAGAUAUUCUAAAUUUGGAAAAACCAUUGACAUGUUUUCAGAAAAAAGAAAAGAAAUGAAGAAAAUAUUACAUGCACCCCUGGUCAUACCUGGAACUGUUUCUGUCCAGAUAUAUCCACAUAGCCUUGUUAGAAGUGUAUGGUUUACAUUGUUGUAUUAUAUCAUCGCAGGUGAAGCAAAGCUUUUAGUGCAACUCAGUAGCUAUACUAGAGGGCUGGCUUAUUUUUUACACCUACGUGACCUUGGUAAUCUUUCAUCCAUGCUAAGGAUGGGGAACAAUGCAUCAAGUGACUACACUGAUCCUUUAAAAGCUUUUAAUUGGUAAAAAAUGUGUACACAUGUACCUUCCAUGCGUGUAAAUAUUAAUUUUCGCUUUCUUUAUUAUGGUGCUUUGUUCAAAUAUGCAUUCCACUGCAGUCUUGUCACUAAGUUUUUUUUAAUCAGUUUCGUAAUUUUGGGAUUGGACUAAAGGAUGAUAACAUUAGAAUGUCAAAAGAUGUCCCUCAAAUUCUUUGCACUAAAACUGAACUUCAUUUCUAAAGGAAAACUGUUUAGAUGACCCAUACCAGAAUUUGUUCUGGUACUUUCCAAGUACAAUUGGCCAAGAUGCCGGAUCUAUCGCUGCAACAGCUUUGAAUCUUGCUGGAUAUUUCACCAAGGCAUUACCAAUAUCUAUCAAAUGGUAAUGUGGAUUGCUCCCAAAUUUUAUUUAGAGAUAUGUAUGGUGACUGAUCAUCCGACCAUUAAACAUGGUGUCACCUGAUAUACAUACUAUUUAUUUAACCCUUUUCCUUGUAAGGAUUGGGUUAAAUCCUGUUGCUGUAUUUUAUUCUGGUUCUUGCUUAGCACAAUUUACUAUUUCACGAGAAGGCAUAAAAUGUCGGGAUUGUUUAACAACCAUCAUCAUGCUUUUUUUGCGGUAUUCAUUCCAAUUCAAAAAUUGAAAUGUCAACUUGGACCAACCAACUGUAAAACAGGGAUGGCCCCCAGGUUUAUCUAUCUAUCCUGUGGAUGGGUUUUCAACAACCACCUUGCCAACAUUCAAGACCAAAGUUGGAUCUUUAUCAGCAAACGUUUUAUAAUUAACCUUCUCCCUGCUGAUGUAUCUUUUUUGCACCAAACUUGUAUUGGUUACAGGGUUACGCAGCAGGGAGAAGGUUAAAAUAUAGGUCGAAACAACAAUAAAAAACCUUUGUCACCUCUGGCCCCAAUGUACAGUGUUGGACCCAAGUUAGCAUGUGAUGUGAUAUCAUGUUAUGUUAGCAUGGUUUAUAUCUUGCAAUGCUUGUUUGUGUCAUUUUAAAGGAAACAGCUUUGUUGAGAAAAGAAAAAAAUGUUAUGUUACACAGAGUGAAUAUUCAUGUGGAUACGUAACCCUGUGUUACCCAAUCAGAUUUUGGGAGGUAUUCCAGAUUUUUAUGAUAUAGUAGUAGCGAGCAUUUAGUUGCUUUUAUGCAGUGUGGCACUCCAAGACUGCCCUUAUCAUUCUUGUUCUACCUAAAAAGAUGCUUGCUGCUCCUAUAAUUAGUACCACCAAGGACAUGUUUUGUGUAUAUUCCCUUAAAAGGGGGCGUAAAAAUGUGGGAAAAAAAGAAUUCUAUCAGAGAUAUCCUUGUUAAUGUUAUGAAAGUUUUUGGUCAGUGAGGGCAUGGUUGUUGCAUGUCGAGUCUCUAAGGCUACAUCUUAGCUUAACAUCAACAGAUUUAACAAUGUGCCAUUGUCUCAGUCUUUCUUAGAAAGUCUUGCAACCCAAUUUUAGAGAAAAAAACAAGCAAUACAGUUAUUAGUCUCACAUGCAAUCACAUGUGGAUCUGAUCUGGGUGUCACAUUUGCCAAGAAAUUUGGAUCCAAACUCGACUGCCAUGUGUUAGACCAAGUGUGUAGUAGUUUUAACACUUUGGACUUGCAUAUUUUUAACAACAAUCCCAUACUUUUCACAUUCACUUCCAUAGUGUGGUGUGAUACUAUUGUAGGAUAUUGUACGGAGGCUACUCACUGGCCAGAACUGUAAUUGUUGGUGUUGUUAUCAUGGUAAAUGUAAGGAAAUGUGUACAAAUGUCAUGGAUAGAUAUAUGUGUCACACAUAUAGAGCCCUAUAUGUCCCUGCGUGGUAUUGCGUGUUGCAGACGUUAUUGUAGGAGACUAGUGCCUUUGGACUGCAGUAUAUUAAAGUUGCAUUACGGUAUAGUGUAAGAGCUUGAUUUGAUCGCCUUUUGCAAAGAGCUAUCUGGAAUUUGGGAAAGCACUGUAAGACAGUGAUCCCGAAAGGAACAGAUUUUUGUAAAUAUGUUCUUUUUCUUCUUGCAUUCUCUCCUUGUGCUUUUGAAUAUUUUUGUGAAGAUAUUCUGCUAUACCCAUCAAAUGGCAAAGUGGUGUAUUAUGUUGUGAUUAUAGCAGUCAUCAGUAUGAUAAUAAAAGUCACAAUGAAGCAA